AUGGAAGCAACCAUCAAAGUGGUGCUGCUAGGAGAUUCGUCAGUGGGGAAGACCAGUAUAGUGACUAGGCUCAAAUCGGGCAAGUUCCUAGCAAAACAUGCGGCUACGAUAGGUGCGGCGUUCAUCACCAAGACAAUCGAAGUUCCUUCUAAUGGCGCCUCUGCGGAAAAACGUAUUCAUAUGGAGAUAUGGGACACAGCAGGCCAGGAACGGUAUAAAUCACUAGUGCCGAUGUAUUAUCGAGAUGCAAAUAUUGCUUUGCUCGUAUUCGAAUUGGGUUCUGUAUCCAGUCUGCAGUGUGCAAAGACAUGGUUUCAAGAUUUACAGGACCGUGCGCAAGGAACGCAAGUGAUCCUCGUUGGAAAUAAGUAUGAUUUAGUCUGUGAAGAGCAUUCAGGCGAACUGGCUAUACCGGCGGAGUUACAGGGUCUGCCGUACGUUGCCGUCAGCGCAAAGACAGGAUACAAUUUCGAUGCGCUGAAUAAAAUAAUAAUCAGUUUGGUUCCCGAAAAUCAGUUCAAGAUAUUGCCAAAGGACAAUGAACAGGGAAAUAUACUAGAAAUAAAUAAGGAAAGAAGCGGCGGCGGUUGCAUAUGUUGA